GCGGCGCGGCCCGUCCUGUCCUCGCCAUGAGGCCGCAGCAGGCGCCGGUGUCCGGGAAGGUCUUCAUUCAGCGAGACUACAGCAGCGGCACCCGCUGCCAGUUCCAGACCAAGUUCCCCGCGGAGCUGGAGAACCGGAUUGAUCGGCAGCAAUUUGAAGAAACAGUUCGGACCCUAAAUAACCUUUAUGCCGAGGCCGAGAAGCUUGGGGGCCAGUCGUAUCUGGAAGGCUGCCUGGCUUGUCUAACAGCAUACACCAUCUUCUUGUGCAUGGAAACUCAUUAUGAGAAGGUCCUGAAGAAAGUCUCCAAAUACAUUCAAGAGCAGAAUGAGAAGAUCUAUGCCCCACAAGGCCUCCUCCUGACAGAUCCCAUCGAGAGAGGACUGCGAGUUAUUGAAAUUACCAUUUAUGAAGACAGAGGCAUGAGCAGUGGAAGAUAAACCAUAGAAUUAAAGAUCCCACGUCCAGCUGGGACCCUCACCUGUCCACCGGCCGACCGCAGAGCGUCCCCCUACCUCCUCUCCAGAGCAUCAUUCCCUUGUAUCUGCUGCCAGAGCCACGGUGCCAUUCACUCCAAGGACUGACUUUCUAAAAUUCCGCACCUGGAGUGACCUCUAGUCGCUCAGCAUCCACUUUGUGUCUCCAAAUCGUGUAGGACUCUGCAAUAUUUUGAUCAGUUUCAGAGAAAAUGCCGUGAAGCGUUUCACUUUGUUCAUUCAAAGCCAUUAAAAAAAUACGCCGUUAGUCAGCCCAGCACAG